UUCAGCUUUAAUUAAAUAAACAAUUGAAGUGUUUCAUACAAAAAAUAUUUUCGAGUGACGAAAAAAAAGUAAAUUAUUACUACUGAAGAAGAGCUCAUUGAGAUAAAAAGUGAGAGUUGGAAAAAUAUUUAUUAAAAAUUUAUAAACCGUCGUUAUUGUUGUUGAUCAACCAACGACUUUGCAUUAUAUAAGAAGAAGAAUAUAAGCGAGCGUGAGCGACAUAAACAUCUGUCUAUGAAGUGCUGCCUGCUCAACUACGAGACAGAUGUCGAAACAGCAGAGAGGAGUGUAAAGUGAAUAUUAAAAAAAAAAAAUUGAACGAAGGAAGAUAUUUUAAUAAUAUUCAAGAAGUUUGACAAUAUAAUUUACUCUCUCUCGCAUCAUCAUCAUCAUCUACUACCAUUUCUCAGCAACUUUUUUUCUUGCUCAUCAGACGUGUUCACUGUGUUCUUUAUUGAGUUUCAUAAAGCAGCAUGACCACAGCAAGUAUCUUGGAUGUUCAAACGUGGCUUGUCUAUCAAAAGAUAUCCAUCGAAUGUGCUGGAUGUUUGUAAAUAUUUUGCCCUGCAAGAGUUAUUAAAGUACCUUUAACUACCUGCCGCACUGAUAAUUUUUGGUUUUUCCAAAAUUUAUUUAUUAUUUGAUACCUAAAUAUUACACUUGUUCUACAACACACACAAUCAUUCACAAUGCAUGACAAAGUUAUGACGGAAAAUGGCUUCAAAGCGAAGGACAUCGGCUUGCGGGCGCAAAAGAAAAUCCUUUCGCGGAUGGCCAGCAAGAACAUGGCAAAAGUCUUCAUUGAUGACACGACAUCUUGUUUGCUGGACAACAUUUAUAAAUUAAUUAAAUUACAGACCAACAACAAAAAAGACGCGGAACGCAUCGUAAAAAAUAUAAUAAAAAUUGUGAUAAAAAUUGCGGUCCUCAACAAAAAUGACCAAUUUGACGCAGAGGAAAAACAACUAGCGAAUAAAUUCUACGACAAAUUUCUGCGCCUUCAGAUGAUCAUCACGUCCUUCCACGAGGUGGAUUACAGUUACGACCAGGCAUUCAUUUUGCCAAAAAUCAAGGAAAUUCAUCAAAUGCUGAAAGAUCUCGUUCGCCGAAAUUUGACGGAUAAAUCUCUCAUGCGCAUCGACGAAGUAUUCGAAUUUUUCCAAAACCCCGAAUUUUUGGACAAACUUUUCACGCAAAAUCCCUCGUAUCGAGAGCUAAUGGACAAAAUUGUCGCUGACAUGAACAAAGCAAAUGAGGGGCUUAAUAUUUAAGCUGUUUUGCCGUUGAAUGUUAAAUGUACAAAAGAAAAGUCAAUUGUCACAAAAUGUACUUAUAGAAAACUAGAACAUCAUAUCAAAAACACAAAAAAUUAAAAAAAAAACUCGCGCGAUGAUUUGAUACGUUUCUUGUACUAUCCUGUUUAGUUGUU